UCUCGAGGAAGACGGACGUGUGUUAAGCGGACCUCCUCACGCACCCUCCCUCGUCCACUCUCUCACUCAGUCAACAACAAUGGCGAGCUUAUCCAUUAUUAAACCAGAGGAAAAAUGUAUAACAGUAAUUAAUGAAGGGGUUAUAGUGACUGAUUUAAUGCCUAAGCCUCUGCAAGUUUUAUAAAGGUGUGAGUGUUUUGACAAGGAGAAAGUUACCAAGACGAGAUACCAUUGAAGUUCAUUUUUUGAUCUAGUGAAGUUGUUGAAAUUGUUAUAUUGUAGUUAUCGUUGAAGAAAAGUGUUUAUAAGUUACUUUUAACAUUGUUUAUUGUUGAUGAAGUGCUGUUAAUAUAUUUACUUUUAACGUUGGAAAAAUAUAACUAUACUCGAUUAAGUGCUGAUAAGUUACUUGACGUAGAAAAACAAGAUUAUGAUCGUUAGUGAAAAGUGUUUAUAAGUAACUGUACGGAGCAAAACAAGCCUAAAGUGACGUCAUUGCAGAGCCAGUGAUACGUCAUAAGGAAAACUGACGUCAUCAAGACGAAAGUGACGUCAUCAACUACCUAGGUGACGUUAUAAAGAAGCCAAAAUAACUUCAUUGGGGAGCCAGUGUGACGUCAUCUUGAAGCCCGUGAUGAGUCAGGACAAACGCCAAAGGUUCCACGUGAACCGGGUGGACACUCAGGACCAGCGGGGCGAUGCUGAGACCACCCACUCACCGCCCAUCCCAGACAUCGAGGAGAUAUGUGACUCACCCACGUCCCCACCGUCGGACCUUGAACCCAACAUGGGCACUCACUCGGGCACUCUUUCGGGCACUCACUCGGGCACUCAAUCCACCUUCCGCUCCCUCCGUCAGCUGACCAGGGAGGCAUUACCCCGGCUCGACCACUACCGUAACCUGGCCAGUAUUAUGCAUGGUCCAGAGGCGCAUCAGAGGCCCACCCUAGAUGACCUCCACCAGCCACCUCCCAAUAAGGUGGUAGGGACGUCUCGAGGCGGCGGAGGCGAGGAGGAAGGUGGCGGUGACGGGGUCAAGUUCGGGUGGGUGCAGGGGGUGUUGGUCCGCUGUCUGCUCAACAUCUGGGGAGUCAUACUCUUCCUCAGGCUCCCAUGGGUCGUCGGCCAGGCGGGAGUGCUCGAGGCCCUGUUGAUCGUGACAUGUGGCAACGUUGUCACCACCAUCACCGCCCUCUCCAUGUCAGCUAUAUCCACUAAUGGUCAGAUCAAAGCAGGUGGGACGUACUAUAUGAUCAGUCGGUCGCUGGGGCCUGAGUUGGGAGGUGCCAUCGGCCUCCUCUUCUCCUUGGCCACCGCCGUCGCCGCCUCCAUGUACGUGGUGGGCUUCUGCGAGUCCCUCAAUGACCUGCUGGGGUCACACGGGCUCCAGGUCAUCGAUGGAGAUGUGAACGACGUGCGGUUGGUGGGCAGCAUCACCCUCGUCGUCCUGUUUGCCAUUUGUGUCAUCGGCAUGGAGUGGGAAGCCAGGGCGCAGGUGGUGUUGUUGGUGGUGCUGGUGGUGGCCAUCGUCGACUUCGUCAUCGGGGUCUUCGUGGGCCCUCUCAAUGAUGACGAGCUCUCCAGGGGCUUUGUUGGCCUUAAUGGGUCGGUGCUGGCGGAGAACCUGUACUCGGACUACCGUAGUGAGGGGCAGGAGGCGGACGGGGAGCAGCACCAGGGCUUCUUCACCGUGUUCAGCGUGUUCUUCCCCGCCUGUACUGGUAUACUGGCUGGUGCUAACAUCUCCGGUGACCUCAAGGAUCCCUCUAAUGCCAUCCCUAAAGGCACCCUGUUGGCCAUAUUGGUGACGUACGCCUCCUACCUGGUCAUAUUGGUGCUGUCUGGCGCCGUGAUGGUCAGGGACGCUACGGGGAAUGUCACACAGGCUGCUAACUGGUCCUUCACUAACUGUACCGACACAGUCUGUGAGUACGGACUCGUGAACAGUUCUCAGGUGAUGGAGCUAGUCUCGGUGUUUGGUCCACUGGUGUAUGCUGGCUGCUUCGCCGCUACGCUCUCCUCCGCCCUCGCUUCCAUCGUCUCUGCCCCCAAGGUGUUCCAGGCACUGUGUAAGGACCGCCUGUACCCAUACAUCCAGGUGUUCGGUAAGGGCUACGGCAGGAACGAUGAGCCUUACCUUGGCUACGUCCUCGCCUUCAUAAUCAUCCUCCUCUUCACCCUCCUCGCUCGCCUGGAUUCCAUCGCGCCCAUCAUCACCAACUUCUUCCUCGCCGCUUACGCUCUCAUCAAUCUCUCCACCUUCCACGCCUCCCUCCAGCACAUACCCAGCUGGAGGCCCACCUUCAAGUACUACAACAAGUGGCUCAGUCUGAUAGGAGGCGUCAUGUGUACAGCCAUAAUGUUCCUGAUACAGUGGUGGACCGCGCUGCUUACCCUCACUAUCAUCAUCCUCCUCUACCUCAUCGUCGCCCACAGGAGACCAGACGUCAACUGGGGGUCGUCGACACAGGCACAGAUGUACAGCAUAGCUCUGAGUUCGGUAAUGUCUCUGAGUCAGAUCGAGGAGCACGUCAAGACCUACCGUCCGCAGAUCCUGGUGUUAUGUGGGGCGCCCUCCGCCAGGCCGCCUCUCCUCCACUUCGCUUACUCCAUCACCAAGAAUAUGUCACUGCUGGUUGUGGGACACUGCUUGAAAGAUCAACAGUCCCAAAGAGAACGUUCUUCCCUGGUAUCGGAGGCCUCGGAGUGGUUGUCACAACACAAGGUGAGGGCCUUCUACGCCCUGGCUGACGGCCCCUCCAUGGAGCUGGCCGCCAGGACCCUCAUGUGUACCGUCGGUCUGGGCAAACUACGGCCCAACCUGGUACUGAUGGGCUACAAGGCCACCUGGCACUCCUGCCCCGCUGAGGAACUACACAGCUACUUCACCACCAUACACUACGCCUUCGGGUUACACUUGGCUGUGGGGAUCCUACGGGUGGAGGACGGCCUUGACUAUUCCAACGUGACGGAGAUGACCCAGGACGACGACGACGCCGCCACCUACAACGCUCAAAACACCAUCAUCACCAGACCCCCAAAACCAGUUUCCUCCAACCUCACCGUCGAUCCCGAACCUGCUGAACCUUCCGUGAUGCCCUCCUCUUCGUCCGCCGUCAGCUUCGGUCACUACCAGUGUGAACAAGAUCCCUGUUCCAGCUCGUCUCUUACAAAAGCCAUCACUCUUGGGUUUCAAAAACUGACUCAAGCUGCCAUGACGGGGUACAUCGGUGACCGCACCUCCCCUCCACUGUCACCCACUGAAGACGGUCACCCCUCCUUCCUUGGAGCUCUCAAGAUGAGUAAGAAGAAGCUGGAACCAAUGUAUAAACUACCUGACGGAGAGAGGGUGCCGCCCCACACGGUGGACGCCAUGUUACGCUUCACACGUAAACAAGCCAAGGGCACCAUCGACGUGUGGUGGCUGUACGAUGACGGUGGUCUGACAAUGUUGAUCCCGUACAUAUUGACGACCCGGGCAGUUUGGUCCUCGUGCAAGCUGAGAGUCUUCUGCCUGGCCAACAAGAAGGACGACCUGGCGUCUGAGCACAGGAGGAUGAUAGAGUUACUGUGUAAGUUCCGUAUCGACUUCUCGGACGUGGUGAUGGUGCCUGACGUGACCCGCCGUCCCAGAGAAGAGUCUAUUAAAGACUUUAAUAACCUCAUCAGCGGCUUCAAGGUCCUGCCUGACGAAGACGCAGGAGGCAACAGGUGUGACGGCAUCACGGAGGCUGAGCUGGUCGCCCUCAAGGAUAAAACUAACCGACACAUCCGCCUGAGGGAGCUGCUACUGGAGCACUCGAGAGAAGCCUCCUUUAUUGUGAUGACGCUACCAAUACCCGCGCUCGGGACUGUGUCGGCGCCCCUCUACAUGGCCUGGCUGGAGACCCUCACACACCAGAUGCCGCCCUUCCUCCUCCUCCGUGGCAACCAGACCUCAGUCCUCACCUUCUACUCGUGAAGAUCUUCACUUACCAUGAAGGAUGGGUCAAAAGGGGCUGACACUGGCACUCUACGCAAGGCCAUCGCAAAAGCUUCAUAUAUUGCUGCACACAUGAAGAGGUCCACACAUACAGCUGAUCCUCUUGAUGGAGAGAAUCGUGU